AGAUAUGGUCAGUGUUCCUGCGCUUGAUAAUGAAAUCUUGAAGCAUUUAUCAGAUCCGUGUCGUCUCAUUAAAGUCUUAUAACGUAUCGGAGAGCCUUGUUAUAGUGGAUCUUUAUAUUUAGAGGUUUUUGUUUUUCAGCACAACGCUAUUUUACCAAGUCGUUGCUGCAAAUGCCGUGUAUUCUCUUCAGCGCCAUUUAUUUCAAGAAAAUGGCUGAAAUACGAGCUUUAAGAGGAUGUACCGCGUUCAUUCUGUAGAUAUCGAAUAACCGACGCGAAAAAUAACGCGCAUCUUAGUGCGAUCAUUUCGUAAUAUUCAGUUUGCGUAUUAGGGUAUGAUAAUUAUGCCUGGCUUCUGUCGCGAUCUGCAUAAUAAGCCGAAGCCCCUGAUUCACAGGAACCCCGGCGCUGUCAGCAUACCCGGCCGGGCUGCCUUCAUCUGAAGGAGGCUGAGGAGACGCUCCGAGGCUGAUUGAUGUCAGUUUGGACCAUCUAUACUGCCUCGUCCAUUUGAAUGGCAAACGGUGAAGCCAAUUGGUAUAAGGAUACAUCAUGCAUUUCCGCGCUGUAUUUAUUUUGUACACCAAGGGAGAAUAACUGGCGACACGAGGAGAGGGCACCCAAGCGUAAAACUCGCAAAAAUUAGGGGUCUGAAUCUGGACCCAUCUGACGGGGGAUACCGGGACGCAUUGACACAUUUCAGUCAAGCUCAUCGGUCGAAACAUUUGUAGCCUCUUUCUGGACGUGUGGAUUGGAUUUAUUAUGGGUACUUUGAAGCCUGACAGAUGCAAAGUCCGGCGUUUGCCAUGGCGUCUAAUCGCAUGAGGCUAUAUUGUGGUUUUUAGGGGGGAAUCGCCGCUUUUCAGCACCGCGGACAGCUCUGUGCGGGAUCCCUGCUGCGGGGAAGCGCUCCGUACGCGGCCGGCAUCCGAGCGCAUCAUGCAUGCCUCCACAGCCGGGGGCGCCGUCCUGUAGUCCUUUGGCUGGUCGGGGGCUCUCGGUAACAUUUUGCCGAAUUAUGAGGCUUGUCUUUCAGCUUCUCCGUUAUGCCCUCUAUCCUAAGCAGCAGCGGGGGUGCCUCUCCAAUGCCAAACUGUCGAGGAUAGCAGCCUACACACUGCAAGCAGGAAGACAUUAUCAUCACCAUCAUCAUCAUCAUCAUCACCAUCAUCAGCACCGGGCAAGGGAGGCACGAUUUAACUCAACAAUGUAAACUAAGGAAGGUCUGCUGUGUGUGAAGUAUCUUUCUCCUGUGAUGACCCUGGCAGUGAGGAUUGGGUGAAAGAGUGUGGAAAGUCAACCCUCGACAUGAUCAACGCUGAGGCAUCCCAGCAGGCCGGGCUUUCUGAACUGGAGGUCAUCUCCCAGCCUGUGGAGGAGGAGAACCAGUGCAUGGCCCCACUGCAACUGGUCAGCUUCGCCUACCGGGACCUGCCACUGGCCGCCCUGGACCUCUCCCUAGCAGGAUCCCAGCUGCUGUCCAACGUCGACGAGGAGGACGCCAGAGAAGGAUCUAACUGGUUGAAGCCAUGUUGUGGACGGCGAGUGGCACUCUGGCAAGUCUGUGUACUGAGUGCAGGCUUCAACUGCUUUCUGGUGGCCUGUGUGAUUCUAGUCGUGCUCUUCCUCGCCUUGGAGCUCCUCAUAGACACCAAACUUCUUCAGUUUGCCAAUGCCUCCCAGUUUGCCAGCAUCAUCCACUGGAUCAGCCUCGGUAUCCUCUCCAUCUUCUUCACCGAGACUGUGUUCCGCAUCGUGGUCUUGGGCAUCUGGGAUUACAUCGAGAACAAAGUUGAGGUGUUCGAUGGCGCCGUCAUCGUUCUCUCCUUGGCCCCAAUGGUGGCCUCCACUGUCGCUAACGGACCCAGCAGCCCAUGGGAUGCCAUCAGCCUCAUCAUCACGCUGCGCAUCUGGAGGGUGAAGCGCAUCAUCGACGCCUACGUCCUCCAGGUGAAGGUGGAGAUGGAGCUGGAGAUCCAGCAGUAUGAGAAGGCCAAGGCGGUUCGGGAAGAUCACCUGGAGAGGCUGACGCAGAUCUGUCAGGAGCAGGCGGUGAGUCACGCACCUUUCACACCUAUAGGUGAUUUGGGAACUGUGGAGGGAAACCAGAGUGCCUGCAGGAAACCCCACAAUGACACAGGGAAAGCAUGCAAACUCCAGACACAGAGACUCGAUCCCUGGUGUCACAAAUUAAAUCUGCCUCUUUUCUCAGAAGCUGUGAGUCGGGAUGAUAUGAACAACUACAUCCGGCAGUACUACAGCGAGCCCAGCAGCGAUGUGGACAUCCCCGAGGCUGGUGCCCACAUCAUCACCACCACAGCCAUCGACGUCCACCUCCCCAAUAACCCGCGCCACCUGUCGUCGGGGCUGCUCAGCGUGGACCCGCAGCACACGGGCGCCUCCGCCAGCGACGCCUCCUCUACUGUGUGCCGCUCCUCCUGCAGCAUCUCCACGGCGAACCCCUGCUCCAGCAGCCAGACGCUGGCCUCCACCACCGACUGCAUCACCCAGGAGGCCUCGGUGGACGGCGGCCCGCCAGAGAGGACAGCCCCCUCCCCGUUCUCCAGCCCCUUCCCCCUGGGGCGGCAACGCUACGACCCCAGUGCCGUGGUCCAGGAGUUACUCUCCUCACUCUCCGAGGACUCCUGCCUGGCCCAGAAGGGCCUGGAUCCACUGAACCUCAAACUGCCGAGCCCCGCCGGCUCGGCCGAAACCAGCCCAGAACUGGAGCACCGGGUCAACAUCUACAACAAGAGGAACCAGGAGGGCCUCAGCACCUUCCAGACCAAGCCCGUCAUCCACCUGCAGGCCAGGAAGGCCUCACUGGAGGAGAAGUACAGGUUCCUGGGGCCCGUCAAUGCCCCGCUCAGCCAGCUGCCCGACGCCUAAGGUUGGUGGGCGGGUAGGAGUGGGGCACCAGCGCCACCUCCUGGCGGGAAGCUGCAGACAUUUCAGGCCAAAUCGCACAACUGUCAGAGGAGAAGAUGACAGGAUGGGGCAUUUUAGGAACCAGCACUGAGCAAUCAUCAGGAAUUUCCAAUGUGAACCAGUCCCAACACAGAAGCUAAUAUAUAGAAAUAUAUGUAUUAGCAUUAAGUAUGUAAUACCAGCAGGGGGAGAUGCUGAGGCUUUGAAAUAAGCGUAAUUGGCAGUGUUAAUUAUGACUGCACUUUCACGUGGGAUAGUGGGGCAGGUCUGAUGAUGGGUGGGGACUGGCUUUUAUCUUUGUAUGAAAUAUAAUAAAAUGUAUAGUCCUCUCUGAUCUGGCUACUGCAGGGUAUAUUUGAUUGGAUGAGUUGUAUUCACUGUAAAUUUCUUACCUUGGUCUUUCUACGUUACAAAUAUUGACAUUUGUAUUCACAGAGAGGGUAACCGCAUUCAGGUCCGAACCUUAAACCAGACAGGCAGGCGGUUGAGGUUAAAAAAGAAAAAGCUAAACAUUUCUCAAAUUUUAUAGGACAAGUACUGUAAAGGGAAUGAUGCAGUGGAAUGGAUGCUCAUAGCAUGAACCUUUAAGACGACUUGCUUUUACGUCCGGCAAACGAACCCUGUGCACUUUCAUGUUUACAGACCUUUUAUAUUCCCAAUAUGGGGGGAUCAAGUGCAAGACUGCAGUUGUUGUCAAUUGAUAAAAAUAAAAGUUUGUUAAAUAAA